AUGUCGGGACGUGUCCUAGAAAUCAUUCAUGUAAUUGUUGUUUUACAAACUUUCUGGACUCAUGCCGAAGUGUUUACAUCAGUGGCACGGGUCAUGGCCUUGAGUAGUUUGGAGAACAAGGUCAUUGACCACAUGGAGAAAAUACUUUAUGUGUCCGGGCAAAAUGGAGAGAGCGGCAAACUCGUUGAUGACAUGCAAAGAAAAACGCCAUCGUCAAAACAUCGCCAACAAAGUUGCAGUAAUCCCGUAGUUGGAUUCACGUAUCUCAGACGCCUUGUACGGGAGUGGAAUCUCGUAAAUCGAUUAGUUUCCAAAAGCUCAUCCAGCAACUGUCGCAGACUUACUGUCAUCCGAUUUUGUAACGUGGCUAUUUCUUCGGUUACAGAAAACAUUAUCGCCAUGUUCGAUGUUCUCUCCAAAUGGCAAAACUGGCCCCAGAAGAUUGACGUUACUGGCGCCGCUCUUGGUUUGCUCACAAUUGGUCAAAUCUAUGACCUGUUUCCAUCUCCAUCCUGGCUUGACCGCUUGACCAGUACUGACUGCUCCAAACAGAUAAUUCAAUCUAAAUACACGAUGCUCACACAUGACCAAUUUCUGUCGCUGCUUCACCAAAGAAGGCUUUAUAAUAAUUCAAAAUCUGACAUUUCGGAAACGCGGAAAGAUACUGAAAAGAACGGGUCAGUGUUGUGG